GAUCCUCUGUGUCGCAAGUGUGAAACUCGACACGAAAGGAUAACAGGGACCAACGAACUUCCAGAGAUGAGCUGCAACUGUCCAUUAACCCCUUCAACCGGACCAACCUUGGCGUCGACAUGCGGAGGUUCGUCUUUCAUGCUGUUCAUGGGCCUUCUAGAAGUCUUUCUUCGUAGCCAAUGCGAUCUCGAGGAUCCAUGCAAUAGACCUUUACCUCCUCUUAGUGUCAAUUCCAGGUACGACUUCGUAGUUAUUGGAGGUGGCAGUGCAGGUGCAACAGUUGCAGCACGAUUAUCUGAAGAACCACGAUUUUCGGUGUUAUUGCUAGAAGCUGGCUUAGAUGAACCCACUGGAACACAAAUACCCUCGUUCUUUUUCAACUUCAUUGGGACUGACAUAGACUGGCAGUACAACACCGAAAGCGAAGAUACUGCGUGUCUGAAUAAAGAUGAUCGGAAGUGUUACUGGCCUAGAGGGAAGGUGCUGGGUGGAACCAGCGUUAUGAAUGGCAUGAUGUAUAUGAGGGGCUCACGAAAGGAUUACGAUGACUGGGCCAGGCUCGGUAACAUAGGAUGGUCUUAUCAAGAUGUCCUUCCGUAUUUCAUCAGGAGCGAAGAUAAUCUUCAAGCAAACACUAUGGAUUACGGUUAUCACGGUGUCGGUGGACCACUCACGGUCACGCAGUUCCCUUAUCAUCCGCCCUUGAGUUAUUCCAUCCUCGAAGCUGGAAAAGAACUCGGUUACGGUGCCGCGGAUCUGAACGGACGGACUCACACUGGAUUCGCCAUAGCCCAAACGACUUCGAGGAAUGGUUCACGACUUUCGACUGCCCGAGCAUUUUUACGUCCAGCUAGAAAUCGACCAAACCUCCACAUAAUGCUUAAUUCCACGGUCACCAGGAUCCUAUUCGACAAUAACAAGAGAGCAGUCGGUGUGGAAUUCGUUCACGAUGGAAAGGUUCUCCGUGUCUCUGUGGCGAAAGAAGUGGUCGUAAGCGGAGGUGCUGUUAAUUCGCCACAGAUACUCUUGAAUAGCGGUAUCGGCCCACGAGAAGAGUUGAACGCUGUUGGCGUCCCCGUUAUUCACGAUCUACCUGGCGUAGGUAAAAAUCUUCACAAUCACGUCGCCUACACGCUGACCUUCACUAUCAACGACACUGACACGACUCCCCUCAACUGGGCAACCGCAAUGGAAUACCUUCUCUUCAGGGAUGGCCUGAUGUCUGGUACUGGUAUUUCCGAGGUAACCGCGAUGGUAAACACGAAAUAUUCGAAUCCAAAGGAUGACCAUCCGGAUGUUCAGCUGAUUUUCGGUGGUUACCUAGCAGAUUGCGCAGAAACCGGCAUGGUCGGUGAAACAUCGGGUAACAAUCGCACGAUUUACAUUAUACCAACAUAUUUGCAUCCGAAGAGCCGUGGUUAUAUACGUCUACGAAACAACGAUCCUCUUUCGAAGCCAUUGAUCUACCCAAAGUAUCUGAAUCACCCUGACGACGUUGCGGGCCUCGUGGAAGCUAUUAAAUUCGGUAUCAGGUUGUCUGAAACCGAGGCUCUCAGCAGAUACGGAUUCCAAUUGGAUCGUACACCGGUGAAGAAUUGCGAGCAUUUAAAAUUCGGUUGCGACGCUUACUGGGAAUGCGCUGUAAAACACGAUACCGCACCAGAGAAUCAUCAAGCUGGCUCCUGCAAAAUGGGCCCACCAGACGAUCCGUUGGCAGUAGUAGAUAACCAAUUGAGAGUUCGAGGAGUGAGGGGCGUUAGAGUAGCAGAUACCAGCAUCAUGCCGAAAGUCGUUUCCGGUAAUACGAAUGCACCCGCUAUUAUGAUCGGUGAACGAGCUGCGGACUUUAUCAAGAGAACCUGGGUCGGCUGAACGAUGUUUUCUCACGAAACGGAACUUCCUCUAAAACCGAAA